CAAAACCCCACAAACUCUUCCCAAUUACCCAAAACCAACCCCAGUGAUGAUCACCAUCUUUCUCAGUACCCUUCCAAGCUCCUCCAAACAAUCCGAACCAACCUCCUCUUCCGGUCGAAAUGGGCUGAGCUCAACGGCGCCAUGGGCGACCUCGGCACCUACAUCCCCAUCAUCCUAGCCCUAACCCUAGCCCGCGACCUCAACCUCGGCACCACCCUCAUAUUCACCGGCAUCUACAACCUCAUCACCGGCGCCUUCUACGGCGUCCCGAUGCCCGUCCAGCCGAUGAAGUCCAUCGCCGCUGUCGCCAUCUCCAACGCCAGCUUCGGCGUCCCCGAGAUCAUGGCCUCCGGUAUUCUCACCGGCGCCGUUCUCUUCGUCCUCGGCGUCACCGGCCUCAUGCGGCUCGUCUACAGGCUCAUUCCACUUAGCGUCGUUCGCGGAAUUCAGCUCGCUCAGGGACUGUCGUUUGCGCUUACCGCGGUCAAGUACGUGAGGAGAGUUCAAGAUCUUCCGAAGUCAAAAUCUAAAGGAAAGAGACCCUGGCUUGGUUUGGACGGGUUGCUUUUGGCUCUUGUGUACGCUUGUUUUAUUAUUAUUGUUAAUGGAGCUGGCGAGGAAUAUCAGAGAAUCGACAGAGAAAGACAAAGUACUGCUGAUCAAGGAGAUCAAGAAGAACAAGAAAUUAGUGCUACUAGUCCAAGGACAAGAAAAUGGAGAAGAAUUUUGUACUCUCUUCCUUCGGCUUUCAUGGUGUUCAUGCUAGGACUCGUUUUGGCUUUCAUAAGAAAGCCUAAACUCGUCCACGAGAUCGAGUUCGGGCCGUCGGCGAUGGAGGUGGUGAAGAUAUCAAAAAGCGCGUGGAAAGACGGGUUCAUCAAGGGGACAAUUCCUCAGCUUCCGUUGUCCAUACUAAACUCCGUGGUGGCGGUGUGCAAGCUCUCGUCGGAUCUCUUCCCGGGGAGGGGCGAGUUCUCGGCGACGUCGCUUUCGGUGACGGUUGGGCUAAUGAACGUGGUGGGGUGCUGGUUCGGCGCCAUGCCGAGCUGCCACGGGGCCGGGGGUCUGGCGGGGCAGUACAAGUUUGGCGGGAGGAGCGGCGCCUGCGUGGCGAUACUCGGGGCGGCAAAGGUGGCGCUGGGGCUGAUAAUCGGGACGUCACUGGCGGCGAUACUCAGCUGGUUCCCAGUAGGGAUGCUGGGGGUGUUGCUGUUGUUUGCCGGGAUUGAGCUGGCCAUGACGAGUAGGGACAUGAACACCAAGGAGGACUCGUUUGUGAUGCUCGUCUGCGCCGCCGUGUCGUUGGUGGGGUCCAGCGCGACGAUGGGGUUUGUGUGCGGGAUGGUGGUGUAUUUGCUGCUUAGGCUGCGGAAGUUGGGGUCGGAGUCGGAGAAGCCCCCGUCGGCCGUUUGGAUACAUGGGACACCCUAGUAAAUUACCGGAGAAAAAUGUUGA